GGUAGCCGGCGCCCGCGAUGCAGCUCUUCGGGGGCUUCCUGGUGGCUCUCGCCCUGCGGGUGGUGGGCGCGCAGAGGCAAGAUGUGCUUCUUCAGAACAGCACCACUGAAGCGGCAGUUGUCUCCUUUCAUGACGUUUGGAACCGCAGCUCCUGCCAGCCCUUAGAGAAGCUCGUUGAUGUCGUAUCCGAGUACCCCAGUGAAGUAGAGCAUGUGUUCAGCCCUUCCUGCGUCUUCUUGCAGCGCUGCAGCGGGUGCUGCGGAGACGAGAGGCUCCAGUGCGUCCCGACAGAGGUAGCCAACGUCACCAUGCAGCUCCUGAAGGUGAAUUCAGAAGAACAAGCGCCCUAUGUGGAGCUGUCCUUUGUGGAGCAUAGGAAAUGUGUAUGCAGGCCUCGGCGAGAUGCUGUGAAGUCAGGGAGGAGGAGGAGACCCAAGGGACGCAGCAAGAGGAAGAGGGCAAAGCAGAGACCCAAAGAUUGAUCCUCCAGGUGGGACUUCUGAUGAAGGUGGCUGCUUUGUCAGCAGAUGGCAGCGCCACAGUGCCUGUAUUUAUUACUCUGUCCUCUUCAACACUCCCAUACACACAAGCCCAUCACAUUUUUGACUGAUGAAUUCAGGAGGGGCCCAUAGCAGUUCAACCACUUUCAAACCAUCCUGAGCAAACCAGGAAGAACAAAGGAAACAUCACAGCGGGAGCAGAUCAAGCCAAUGUGAACAGGAGGUGCUAACUGCACACAAGGAGGUUGACUGGGGGCCAGGUGAAGAGAAGAAGCCACACGUUUUUUCUAGGUUCUUUCCCUGCCUUCGUAUAUAGCUAAUAUUUCACACUGACACCCACAGAAUUGGAAUCAGAAUGGAAGUACAAGAAAAGAGCAGUUGGCCUAACUGGCAGGUACAGUAUUAUGCAGCAUGAACUUAGAACAAACUGGCCACAAACAGAAGCAGGUGCUUCCUGCUGAAUUGUCUGGAUGCUACAGUCUUGCUGGGCAGUGAGGUGUCAAAAUGAAACAAGUGGUUUGAGCAGAGUGUCAUCAACACUUGGCUAAGUCUUUUUGCUUUCCACCAAUUCUGUUGCAUUGAAAACGCUCUCUUAUCUCGCCAAGGACUCGUGUAUCAGAAGAAACCACGCUUUGUCAGCCCGAUACAUCUAAAAUACCUUCUUCCUUGAUGAACUAAAGCUGGAAGAGUACUUUGUCAGGUAGCAUCUUGGAAGCUGUGGAAAGAGUAAUUGUGUUCAGAGGCAGCAGAUCCUAUUCUGAAGAAACCUCCAGCACGUUACUCACAAAGGCAAGGAACCAAGGGAAUCAUGAGGUUGGAGAGACAGCCUUUGCAGAGCUCAAGUUGCUAUGGGUUUAGUGCACAAAUAUCAUCUUUUACUGCAUAAGUAAUUGGUUUAUCGAAAAACUAGUGCUGUAAAAUACACAAUAGAGAGAGUAUCUCCCAAAUCUAAAGGUUCAUGUAUCUGUAAAGUGCACAUAGUCACUUUUCCCAACAAAAUUGUAGCAGAAUCCUGUGCUUGGCAAAUCUGUCUUGUGCUGCUGUGUGUAUCAUUUGCAUCCGUAUUGUAACAUACGGUAAUUAACUAUGCAGGGUUUUGUUGAUAUAGCUGGUUUUGUGGUGGUUGGAAAAGACAGCCACAAGGGUAUGGGAGUGGAUGGUGCCACUCCAGCUCUAUCCUGCUUCCCACCCUCUCUCCGCUAAAUUGUGUUGCAUCUAACAGCUGGCUAUGUCAUCUCAAUGCCAAUGGCACGUUUGGGAAUGGGGGCUGUUGCCGGUUUAUUAGCACUAUCGUAUCUCAUUGCACAAAGUCAGUUUGCAGUCAGUCCUAUUGGAAAGGGUUGCAAAAUGUAAGUAACUGUAACAUAACAAUAGCCAAACUCUGAAUGAAUAAUUGUAAAGCAAUAGGCAUUCUAAAUUAGCUCUCACUGUUUGAAGAAAUAUCGGUGUCGUCGUGUCGUUUUAGGUUGCAUAACGUUGCCCGUCUAUAAAUCAGUUGCUGCAGUGCUGCUGAGUAUGUUACAAAUCAGUAUUAGAUUGUAAAAAUGAUGGCUAAAUAAUGAGGUGGUGCAUGACAAAUUAGUUUGAAGAACCACAUGAGAGUGCCUUAUUUAUCCUUUUGCAGAAGAAGAUGAUGAAUUGACCACUUGUAGUUUCAAAUAUGGAUAACGAUGCAUUUCGACAUGCAGCACAUCGGUUCUCCAGAAUGCCAUGGGAUGUGACAUAUAGAUGUUCAAAGUGAUCUAGACAAAACUGUGCGAAAUAGCAGUAGCUGUUCAUCAGGAUAGGACAUGCACCCUCAUGCAGUGAUUGUGCAAGAAUCUACAAUUGCUAGAGGUUCAUAGGGAAAACAAGAAAUGAAAUAUUCCCCAAUGUUCUCAGCAUUUGUAGAUUCUCACAAUAUCCAAUACAGGCUUCUUCUGCUGGAUACAGGACUAGAAGCACCAUUUAUAUGACACAAUGGAUUUGCUGUUUCUUGUAUAUGACAACCUGAUUGCAAUAUGGUCUUGAUCUUUAUCCUGUGGUAGAGUCUACUUUUUUAUGGGGUGUGGUGGGACUUAGGACUCCUGCUUUCUGUUCAGUGCAAUGAAGCAACAUUCCAAAUGAGUUCUAAAUAUAAUAUUGUUAUGGUUAAAACACA